AUGGUAUUAUCUAGCGCAGCGACGGUGACCGUUGAUCAUCCGAAAAUCCAGAGCUGUUUGGGGCUGACUUAUGUGAACAGACCGGUCCCCACGUUAAAGAGGAAUCAUCGACGCCAUCAGCUAUCGUUGCAAGGAUCAACCAUUUUAACACCUGAAGAACAGCGCCAGCAGAAGAUGAGUACUCUCAAACUUCAGCUCGCAUACGUUCUGAGGAGGAACAUCCCUCAGUUGAGCAUCCGAGACUCCAGAGCUGUUUGGGGCGUUGCUUUCAACUCUGGCUACCGUCCAGUUCUUCUCAGCAUUAAGAUACCGUUUCACAAAAGGAACCGACCACUACCUCACCAACCGAAAAUCGACAUGGCAGAUCUGAAAGACGAAGAAUGCAGAAUGAAAUUCCGCCAACGUGUGUCUAUUCAUGUUGGAGUACGGACUAGGAAGAAGAUUUGCGAUGCGGAUUCCUUUACAAAGUGCGUUCAGGACGCUGCAAAGGAAACUCUCCCUGUUCAAAUGCCGCGGAAGAAGUUUGUCUUUGACCUGCGGAAACAAAAUCCAGGUACAAUUCUGUAUGUGCCGCGCGCAGCACUCGUGACUUCAACCAGGAAGUUAGGAACCUAG